AGAUAAUACACAGGUAAAAUGGUGGAUAACAAAAAAGGUAGAAGAUUCAGUUACAACAAAAUAAAUAAGGAGAUUAGUAUUGAAUAUAUUAAAUUUUACAUUUACAAUUGAAGUAAUUAAGACUGACAAGAAUCUUGUUGCAGACUACCUAUCAAGAAAAAGGAACCCAAACUGAACCAGAAAAAUAUACAAUGGGAGAAAUACUCAAAGCCAUUACUACACUUUCUACGAAAGUGGACAGUAUGGAUAAAGAAUUACAAAAGAUGAAAAAUAUAAGUCAGCAGCAUGACUAUAAAAAUGCGGAGCUAUGUCGAUCGGAAGACAGAAAAAUUUCAGAGCUACAAGGAGACGUUGGAAAACUCCAUAAAAUCCAUGACAAUGUUUGUUUAAAUGCAGCUACAACCAGCACAUCUACAACAAAAGGAGUCAGUGAAAUAAGAUAUUUAAAUUCAAAUAUAAACAAAAUCUUCGAUAAAUCAUUUAUUCCAAAGAACCAAAAAAACUCAUUAUUUAUACCACCACAAAUAACUACUUACUCAGAAAGUUUAAGCCAAGAUAAAAAAAAAGCCUACAACCACAUAACCCGCUCAUAUAUUGAGAACCUUUAUAAAAUUCAAAAUUAUUUAAACUCAACACCGAAAUCUCCAACUACCAAAGACCCUAAUACUGAUUUUAUAACCCAAAAGCUACAAGGAUAUAAUAAGUUAAUAGCACAACCAGGUACUAAUGCAAAUCUAGUAAAAACAUGUUAUAGUUAUGGAUUGCUUAGUACAGUUUAUACCCAAACAGGAGAUGAAAUAUCUACAAUACCAGAGCUAUACAAAGCCUUUAUGAACUAUAAAAGAAUUUCUAAAGGAACAUUAUUUUAUAUAAAGUUUUAUUCCGCACCAGCAGAGAUAUUAUUUGAUGAGAUAAAACCAAUUAUACAAGUCAUAAAGAUCGAUUUAACCACAGAUAUGAUAAAACCAAUGCAAAUACUAACUGAUGAUAGCUGGACUUUAGAUCAAUCUUGGAGAAAAUUAAUGCACCUUGAAAUUGGUUAAAAAGAUCUUUUGUACGAGGCAAAGGGUAUUUGUUUCAAAUAGCGACCCUAUUCAAUUGCCGGAAAGCGAUACACAUUCUUAUACUACCAUUUUUUUCUUAACAAACAAGAAUGGAGCACCCCAUGGAGAAGUGCUAGGAUGAAUAAAUCCUUCAUAAAGAAGACCUUGGAUUUGAGCCUUAAGAUCUCGUGAUUCCAUUGGGUCCAUGCGAUAUGGAGGGAUGUAAAUAGGACGAGUACCAGACUCUAAAUCAAUGCAAAAAUCUAUAUGCCUAUCCAAUGGCAUACCAGGCAAAUCUGUAGGAAACAUUUCUCUAAAUUUUGACACCAGUGUGAUGAAUUCAAUAGAUAGAGACUCAACCUCAACUUCUGGGAUAUGAGCCAAAUUAUCAAAAAAAAAAACCUUCACUACCAAUUUUAUAACCCAAAUUGAGGAUAUGAUAUUUGCAUGCUUAGGCUUGUACACCCUUUCCCACCUAUAAUUUUUCUCUUCCCUAAAUUUCUAGAGUUACAUACUUAGUAUUACUGUUAAGCUUAACAUAUUAGCAGGAUAACCAAGUCAUGCCUUAGACUAUAUCACUCUCAAUUAUAUGAAAAAUAACUAAAUCAGCCCAAGUUUGCUAACCCAUAAACAAAAUAGGACAAGCACGAUAGACAUGUGUGACUAUGAAAGACUUUCCAACUGGGGUAGAAACAUGUAUAGGGGCAUAAAGUAUAUCACAAAUCAUGUCAAACUUUGAGGAAAAUCGCACAGAUACAUAAGAAUAAUUAGAACACAGAUCAAAUAACACAUUAGCCAGCCGGUCACAGACAAGAAUAAUACCUCUGAUCACUGCGUCAGGCUCCUCUGCCUCAUCUUUUCCCGAAAAAGCAUAACACUCAACCAUACCUUCAUGUCUUGUCACUUUCCUGGCUAGUUUCACAUUACCCCUGCCUGUGUUACCAUUUCCUCUACCUCCGUAGCCUCUCUGAUUUCUCCUCGCCGACCAUGUGGACUUUCUUGACUAUUAAUACCAAUUCUUGCGGGUACCACUAUUCUAGUCCAUUUCUGCACCUAAUCCAACACACGUGGGUUGGGAUAAUCUCUCCGUAUAUCCCAGGUUGUCCAUAAUCUUAGAACGUACGAUGAAAUGAUGGUGAGCCUCCUGUCAAAGGUGAGACUCCCUAUUUGUCCUAUAUCAAAUUAUGAGGUAGAGUUCCCGAGUAGUUGAUUGUAUAGGCGGGGCAUGGUUGACUGAAUUGGUCUAGCUACAAGUGUUGGCCUCCCUGCCCCUUUGGAGUAUAAACCUUGUAAGUUACAAAGUUUUUAUCCCUUUUUUCUAAUGCCUUAACCUGACCGUCUCGCGUCACCCCUUCCACUUUCUUAGCAAAGUUACAUUAUUAAAGCUCUUUCCUUAAUAGGUAAUAUCAAUAGAUAAUACCUGCAAUUGAGAAUUUAAUCGCUUAAUAAAUAAAAAAAAUUCUCUCAUCCUCAAGAUUCACCAAUUGAGUAGAAUAUCUAGACAAAGCAUGGAACUUAGCCUCAUAAGCAGCCAUAGUCAUACCACGUUCCUCAAAAGCCAGGAAUUCGUCCUUCUUACUAUCCCUAAAAGUUCUAGGCAUAUAUUUCUCCAAAAAUAGAGCAUGAAAUCUGGUCCAAGUAAGUGAAGUAAAAUUGAAUAUCUGCAUUCUAUAUAAGAUCUCCAGCACUACUAACCUUAUCAUUGAAGUUGAAAAGUCACGAACCAAAUCCCAUGCUGAUGUACAAUUCCCAACUUAUGAAUCCUCUCAUAACAAUCUAGGAUGAACUCAUAUGUUUCUCCACUCUCAAAACCAUGGAACAUAGGCAGUUUUCAACUUCAACAACUUGGUCAACAUCUCAUGUUCAUUACCAGUCAUAAUAGGACCCAACAGAGGGCAAAAGAAAGCAUCAUUACCUCUAAUUCCACCUGCCUUAAGAAAGGUGAUAGCCAUAGGAGAAUUGGUAGGAGUUUGAGUUGCUUGAACAGAAGGUAACACUCUAGUACAAACUAACCCUUUUAGGUAUGACAUGAUCUGUUAAGCUAACAAUGGGUCAAUGAAAGAUUGCAUGUUGUCUCAGCCUGUACCUCUUCCUCUUGUCCGACCUCCUCAAUAUUUUUAACCUUAACAUUUUCCUCUAUCUCUUCAUGAUGUACGGGUGUGACCUCGUUUUGGGGAGCACUUUCAAUAAUUACCGCAUCUCUAUUAGGCGUUAUUCUUCCUCAAUAUCUACCCUUAUCUCUUUAUCUACCAUUGUCUCGACUGCGACCUCUCACUGUAGAUUCCUUAGCUAGAUAAUUGAGGGGAGCUACAAGUUAGACGCGCAAUGAAUAUAGUGUUAACCUUUCAUGGAAAGAAAAGCGAAAGAGGUUUGAUACCAAUUCGAAUAGAUAGAUACCAAUUGGAAUCAAUUUAUAGCACAAAGGAGACAGGAGAAAACACGGAGAUUUCCUAAAGCCCGAUAGUCUCUCGAAGAAAAGUAAAGGUGUCUCUACACCGUUUCGCAAGACUCGACUAGAAUUUCUUUGGUACAUCAAGAUCAACGAAUCUAGGCUCUGAUACCAAGUUAUUCACAACCCAGACCUUUGUGAUUGACACCGACACUAACCCUCAUAUGGGAGAACCAUUUAUACUAAUUAGCUAACCAAAUUAAUCCAAAUACCAAACCAUUUGAAUUACGAAAGCAAUUUAAGUAACUAAAAACUGAAGUUUUCAUAUGCUUCCAAAAGAUCUAAGAACUAAGCAAUGAAGAAAUAAUACGCCUAGAACUUGAAAUAAAUGUACCAAAACUUCUUACAAGAUCCAUAAGACUAACAAGAAGGGUCUUAACCCAAAGCUAAUAACACUAUAUAUAAUUAGAAAAUUCUAAGUCUGAAAUGUGGACAUAAAAAGAAGAAGAUCUCAUGGCAGGAAAGAAGAAUUGGCUCACUCUUGAAUUUGAUAGACGAUCACUGAUCUUCUAAACGAGGUCUGUCAAUAGCCGCUUGAAAAUAUCCUUUACUGAACAAAGAAAGAGCAAGUGCAGUAUAUGUACACAACAAUAGUGUACUAGUAGGAUCACGCUACCACCCCUCUAAGUGCGACAUAUAUAAGUUAAUACAACAUAACAAUCACACGCGUACAACGAAUAUACAUAAUAUCAUCAAAAUUUAUGAACAACGUACAAUUUCACAUUUCUCAAAAUACACCAUUAUAAAAAAUCAUUGGUCCUCUCGUGCAACCAAAACCCAAACUGUUAGGAUACCCUGAUGUGGUACCAGAUCCAAUGUUUUAUACCAGAAUGUGGCAAUCGAUUCCAUAAUUAUGCUAGAAGAUGGAAACUAAUCCACGUUAGUGUGUCAGAACGCAACACUCGAUCAAUUCAACAAGACACAAUCACAAUCAAAAGUAUACUCUCGAGAUCAUAUAAUCAAAUCACGAUCCAUAGAAUUCAUCAUUUAUUUAUCUCAUUUAUAAUAAAUGUGAUCAAUAAUGAAACAUUCACAUAUAUACAUUUAAUAAUGAAGCAAGAACAAAUAUGCAUCACACAUUCAUAUAAUCACAACCAUCACCUACCCCGAUCAUGCUUGAAUCCCCUAAAAACUUAACUCUUCACUUUCUUGAUUAUUUACACUUGUUCUUGGUCUACAAAAGAUCAAUAUAAUACGAAACUCAAUAAACAAUAACUAAUAACCUGAAUAACUAACAAUUCUAUCAACCCUAUAUCAUACCCAUGAUCCCCAUACCAAGAUUAGGGCUUUCUUCACCAUUAUUUCCAGAUCAAAACCUUUAUCCGUCGAUAAUUACCGAUUAGAUGACGUUUUACGGAUCAAAAAAUGUAUUCGGGAGUUAAACUUUUACCUUUAGCAUCAAGAAUGAUAAAAGACAGUCAAGAAAACCCUGUGUUCGUUCCUUAGCUCUCAAGUUUUAAAAUUGCAAAAUAAAAUACUUUUGUGGUUUAUUUACGACUUUAAGUCCUGUUUGCCCUGCCAUGGCGGUACCCAUCCCGAGCCCUAACAGUAGAAAUCCCGCCUCAAAGUCUUUUAUGGAACUAAUGAGAAAAAUUAAUAAUUUCAAGACCCCAUUUCACAAUACAGUUUCAACCAACGACAUUUAGAAACAAAACGUUUACGCUAAGAUCAAUUCUAGGAGUUCUACUCGCCUGAAUUCAUUUAUGUGAAGUCGUUCGGUUCCUUAAUGACUUAUCUAUCUACUGGUGUGAUCAAAUUCUUAAUUAGAUCACCCAAUUGUUACCAGAUUACCUAGAGGUUAUUGACUCUAAUUUCAUCCAAA